AUGUACUAUAUCCUCUACUUGACGAGCCUCUGUCGCCGCCGCCACUGGCCCGAACCAACCUACAACUCCUACACAAACACAAGCGGGUACACAUGCGUAGUACGCGUCAACAACCGCGAAUACCAAACAGACACCGUGUACGCAUCCGAAACACUAGCGCGCGAAAGCGCCGCUAUGCGCGCGUACCUGAUUUGCCGCAAUUUCUCUGUGAAUGACGGUAUGUACCCGGCCGGCCAUGACCAUGGCGGGGUUGUACAGGGGAUUCCGGUUGCUAUUGGGACUGGGAGGAAGCAUGGGAGGGAGUUUGAUCAUGAUCAUGAUAUUGAUGGGUCCGGUUCUGGGUCUUCGGGUGGUGGAUCGGUUUGUGGUAGUCGGAGUGGGGGGAGUAGUCCUGUUAGGCUUGGGGAGAUGAGAUGA